AUGACCGAACGUGUUCCUAAUUGCCAAAAAUGUGGACAGCAUGGUCGAAAAUCCAGGUUGAAAGGUCACAAAAGAAUUUGUCCAUUUCGAGACUGUGGUUGUGUUAAAUGUCAAGUGGUAAGUGAGAGGCAAAAAUUAAUGGCAGAUCAAAUCAAAAUUCGUCGUAGACAACGUAAAGAUACUAUACUGAACAUAACUCGAGAUAAUAUUACAGCUACUUUAAACGUUGCUGCAGCAGUAGCUGCAAAUUCAUCGCUACCUUAUUUCAGCAGUUUGAAUAAUCUUCUCUAUCGCCAAUUACAACAUUCAAUACAACAAUCUCCUCUGUUUUUGAUGAACCCGACUGCAGCAGCUGCAGCUGCAGCAGCUAAUGGUAUUGUUGAUUGCUCGACUAUAAAUUCACUAAAUUAUCUGCAAACACGACCUGAUAUUUUUGAAAAGACAGUUGCAAAUCAGUCUCAAACAAAUAAGCUGUCAGAUUUGCCAGUGAUUUUACCACCCGUACCAAUAUCGACUCAGUCAAUUGGCAACAUACCUCUAGCAGCAGCAUCAUCAUCAUCAGCUACAUCAACACCACUUUCAUCUGAAACUACUGCACAUGAUCUAGGCAGUUCUCAAAUUGCAGUACCUGUUGCUAUUAAUCCAACUCGUUCACCUACAUCAUUGCAUUCAACAAGUUAUAAUGUGGCAAAAAAUCAGGAUGAUAAUAGGUUUAUAAAUGCUGAUGAUAAUAACAAUAACACUACAAAUGGCGUAGGACAAUUAAUUGAUAAUGACCAAUUGUUUCAGUCACUUCUUGCCAAUGUUCGUAUGCUUGAACAAAAAAUAUGUUUAGAUGUUUUACAAGAAAAUUCUAAUCCCAGUGCUUUUGUCAAUAUUCGUUCACUGUAA